AUGACUUCUCAUAAUCUUGACUCUUCGAGUGGUAUAACUGAGGGAGGAUACAUGAUGGAGCGUGCAACAUCUAGUGUUCAAGUUGACAUAUCAGUUGUACAAUCUCAAAUUCUUGGACCUGGCAACAAAGCAUUAAAUGCUAAUGCUUCUGAGCAGCAAGAAUCCCAAGUGAGUUCGGCCGCAAGUUCACCAAUAGAUUUGUGCAUAUUUGUGUUUGCGGCUAUUGAGGAAGAGAAGGCAGGGGAUACAACUUACUUGAUUUUAUGCAGUGGUUGUGGCGAUGACGACGGGGGAGCCUCAAGGGUUUGGUAUCUGUCGAGUACGUAUUUUGCAUUCACUGGUCUGAUUUCCAGAGGAGAAUCUGUUGCGACUGGUUGCCCUCAACUUGCUGGUGCUGCAAGAGAAAGUGUAUUGAGGAACUCAUACCCAGAUUUUAGCAAGAUACUGUCAACAGCACAUGUUAUUCCAAUGUUACUAAAGAGGAAGUCUUCAAAUCUUCUUGUUGACAAGAACUGGGCUGUUAAGGAAGCUGUCGAGUGGGAGCAUAAAAGUAAAAUCCCUGGAAAGAUGCAUGCUUGUGGUCAUGAUGCGCAUGUUGCCAUGCUUAUGGGUGCAGCAAAGAUACUUCAAGAGGAUCACAGUGAUUUAGAGGUAUAUCCCUUUCACUUUCUUUGUGUUCAUUGCAUGCGGUAA